UUAUCUGACGGAAGUCGUCUCGAUUUCCUGUGUUUUCCCCGCGAAAGAAGAGUUAUUUUUAUGAAAUGAAGAAAGUAUUGGAAUAAUGUAGAAGAAUACGUUGUUUUUGGUUUGAUCGUCGAGAUGGUGAUGAAAUGGGACGUCAACAAGAAGUAUGCCUGUUACGGCCAUGUAAAGCAGAGGGGCAUUACAAUAGGGUCAGGAAAGUGGAAGACUGGGAGUGUCUGUGUACACUGUGUCAAUGGCAGAUGGAAACUGGAAGUCUUCUACUGUACAUCCCCAAACAAGUCUGUAAUAUCAACUGAGGUGAACAAUGCAAAUAUUGAAGGAGUGAUCUGCAAGAACCAACUAGUUAUCACCCUGAGAAACAGAUCUGAAGCUUCAGCCAUCCAAUUUAAACCUGAGAACAAUACUUCUCAGAACACACAACCGAUGUCAGUGUUGGAUCAACUCAUCAAAGACAUCUGUGCUGGAAAAAUUGCAUCCGAAUCUCAGCAGAACCCUGCCACAGUGUGCAUUACUGGGUGGCAACAGACACCUUCCAAACAAGGGCUUACCAAAGACUCCAACUUCACAAGACCUUGUUUUGACUUCAGUGUAAAGAAGAAGUCAGAAGAGGUAACACUGUUUGAAGAUACUGAUGAUGAGAAUGAAUUCAAAGAAAAUCAAAACAGAGGUCAGGUUUCAAAGGAGAAGAACCAAAAGUACUUACAGAACGGAUUGGAAAAGGCCCGUAACCACCUCCAGCAGAUUGAGACGUCUGGAUUCUAUAGUAGUUCAUCUUCAACCCCUCGAAGUUAUGGGGCGUUUUCAGUUUCAAGUAAUUUAAAAAGAACACCUGGGAUGAUGCCUGACCCAACACAACAGAAACGUCCUCGUCUGUCUGACUCGAUAAACUACACCUGGAACAAAUCUAAUACAACUCCCUCCGGGAACAACCAACUUCAAGCCCAACCCAAAAGCCUACAAGGUUUCUCCAACCUUGGAAAUACGUGCUACAUGAAUGCAAUUCUGCAGUCACUGUUCUGUCUGGAUACCUUUUCCAAUGACUUGCUCUUUUCUAACGGUCGAGUGAUGAAGUCACUCCAUUCCCAGUCUCUGUACAGUGCCCUGUAUAAAUUACUUCGAUCUAGAAGUAAAACUCUUCCCGAGCAUGUAAGAAGGGAUAUGCUACGGAAUGUUAAGUCUGCAAUAUCCACAACAGCCAAGAGAUUUUCAGGCUACCAACAACAUGAUGCACACGAGUUCCUUGGUCAGGUGUUGGACCAGCUGAAGGAGGAGGUGACCAAGGUUGCUAGCUCCACGCCCAGUCCUCACAGGGAAGAAUCUGACGCUGACACUCAAUACAUCAACCCCACUGUACAGAACUUCGAAAUGGAAGUCCUCCACUCCAUCACCUGUCUGAAUUGUCAGGAGGUUGUCACAAAGGCAGAGCAGUUUAAUGACCUGUCCGUGGAUAUGCCAAGACGAAGGAAAAAUGGUGAUCCCUCUUCCAUUCAGAAUGCACUGGAUUUGUUCUUUCGGUCGGAGGCAAUUGAAUACAUGUGUGAAAAAUGUGGGAGUAAUAAGUCCGAAGUGACUCAUAAAUUUACUCGGCUUCCAAGGGUUCUGGUGUUACACCUGAAGAGAUACAACUUUGAUCAGAGUAUCAUCAACACUAAGACGGCCCAAAGUAUCAGUAUCACUCGCUUCCUUUCACUGGAUGCUCACUGUGAGGAAGACACCUUUCCACCAUAUCCGGCCCUGCUCCAGUGUCCCGACCAAUACAAAACACCUGACAAAAGUUUGACUUCAGAUGAGAGCGUACCACGGCGACGUUUACAGCUCGGAGAAAGUUUCAGAUUCAAGAAGACAAGACCCCUGGAGGAGGAUGAAAAGGAAGAUAUUGCCACUAGUACACCUUACAAAAAAGCAAAGAUCUUUGAUCUGGGGGAGGAUCAUAACAUUAAAGCCGAUAUGCCUCUGAUGAUAGAAGAUGGACCAGAUGAUGAAGAGGACAAAGAUCUCGCUCGUGCCCUUGAACUUAGUCUUCAGGAAGCUAACGACCGUACACAGCAUUAUGUAGAUGAGACGAAGGAGAGUGAACUACAGAAGGUGUUGGAGAUGAGCCGAGUGGAGGUAGAGAAAGCCUCGAAGUUUGAUCAUGAUUACGGUAAAACCAUUCAGAAUAUGUCGGAGGAAGAACAGAUGAGGCUGGCUAUAGAGCAGAGUUUGAUGGAAACCAGUCGUAUCCCUCAUGUGGAUGAAACACACGAGAUUGAAACUACCAAUCAUACACCCAGUGACCACACACAAGAAGACAAACCUACCAGCCAAAUAAUAGAUGAGGAUUUAUGUAGAACAUCUUCAGUCAACUCGACAGAGGAGAUGUCCUCACAAACCAGGCAAAACUGUGUUCAGAAGGAAAAGACCACUACGUUAUUCUCAGGAAAACCUCUACAAAAAUCACCUCUUUGUGUUAGGAAGUUGAGCAAUGGUCAGGAAAAUAUCGUUAGUGGUCUUCCUGUGAAAGGCAGGAUGUCGGACGCCAUGUUGGACGUGAUUACUGAAGAAGUAAACCCAGAUUCUGUAGGACAUAACUUACAAGAUUCGUCCAUGUCCGAAGAUGCUUCAAACAGAUUAACCGAUAACAUAUGCAUAGACCACACUUCCUCUCAUGGCUCGAACUCUACCAAAUCUCAUGCUGUGAAUGAGACAGUUCCAACAAAAACUACACGAACCUGUCUCUUCGGGAAAGAAAAAAUGUCAAAAACAGACUGUACUUUGUAUGAUGUGGAUGAAAUACAAAUCAAAACGGAACUCGUUGAAAAUUCAACAGAUGAUUUAAAUCAAAAACAGACAAAAUCAACAGUUGAUGAAAUAAGUGACAGUGUUAACAAUACAGACACUGUAAUAGAUUUAGAUUGUCAGGGUACAGAGGUUAAGACAGAGAUAAUACUGGACAAUGAUAAGUUGUGUGAUGGUCAAGAAGAUGACUCGGAUCGCCCAGCUGUUGGUCACUCGGAUCAGAGUAAAACAGAAGAUAAUACUCCAUCCGAGAGGCAGGACCAAGACUUUGCUAAUCUUUUUUGUGAGGAUGAGGAUGAUUUUCAGCUGAUGUUGCUGGAAGAUAAAGAGAAUGCCCUACCGGAGCAAAAAGACGUGCAGACACAAUCAGGGGAUGAUUCCAAAACUUACCUCGACCUUCCUGUAGUAGAAAAUGAGAAGGGUGACCUUCCAUACUCCUACAAGCUGGUCAGCAUUGUUAAUCAUCAGGGUAGCACUUCAGUUGCAGGGCAUUAUGUAACAGAUGUAUAUGAUAUGAAGAAAGGAGCAUGGUUCAGUUGUGACGACUCUCACGUCACCAAGUCAACAGAGGCGGAGGUGCGCUCUAAGCGGGAGAGAAGUGGUUACAUCUUUUUCUACCUUAGCAAGGAAAUAUAUGAGGAUCUGAAAGAUGACUUUGCUGUUCAGAGCCGAAAAAGGAAGCAAUAAUUAUUUAAAAUUUAAUGAUGUUGUAUACUUCUGAUAAUGUUGUAUACUUCUGAUAAUGUUGUAUAUUGUAUACUUGUAACAAAUUAAAUCAUUUGUUAGAUUUUUAUA